CGGAAGUUGAGCUAAUUCGUCUGUGAUUGUCUGCUCGAGCGCACCGGCCGGGUUUAGCGAGGUUAGCUGAAAUAAGUGUCUUAAAUCGCCCUGUCCUUAAAAUGUCUCACCCAACACCGAGUGACAAGCCUUCCAACCCUGAAAACCCUCGUGUCUUCUUUGACGUAGACAUUGAUGGCGAAAGAGCUGGCCGAAUAGUUUUGGAGCUGUUUGCUGAUAUCACCCCCAAGACUGCUGAAAACUUCCGGGCGCUCUGCACUGGAGAGAAAGGCAUUGGCAGAUCGACUGGGAAGCCGCUGCACUUCAAAGGAUGCCCGUUUCACAGAAUCAUCAAGAAGUUCAUGAUCCAGGGAGGUGACUUCUCCAACCAUAACGGCACUGGGGGUGAGAGCAUCUAUGGGGAGAAAUUUGAGGAUGAAAACUUCCACUACAUGCAUGACAGAGUGGGUCUGCUAAGCAUGGCCAACGCCGGGGAGAACACCAAUGGAUCGCAGUUUUUCAUCACGACUGUCCCCACACCACACCUAGAUGGCAAGCAUGUUAUCUUCGGACAAGUGUUAAAAGGGAUGGGGGUCAUAAAAAUGCUGGAGUCCAUUGAAACUAAGGAUGAUGCUCCUGUAAAGCCAUGCAUCAUAGCAGACUGCGGUGAGCAUAAGGACGGGGACAGCUGGGGCACUGCACCAAACGACGGGUCAGGGGACACCCACCCAGACUUCCCCGAGGACUCCGACAUCGACUUUAAAGAUGUUGACCAAGUUCUGUCUGUUGCUGAGGACGUGAAAAACAUUGGAAACACUCUUUUUAAGAAUCAAGAUUGGAAAGGGGCAGUCACCAAAUACAGCAAAGCAAUUAGGUACUUGGAGGAGAGUGGAGAUCAGCUAGAGGAGGAGGUGCAGCAGAAGCUGGAGCCCACAGCCCUCAGCUGCUACCUCAACACCGCUGCGUGUAAGCUGAAGAUGCAGCUGUGGCAGGACGCUCUGGACAGCUGCAAUGAGGCUCUGGAGCUGAAUGAAACAAACACUAAGGCACUUUUCCGGAGGGCCCAGGCCUGGCAGGGGCUGAGGGAAUACAGCAAAGCCAUGGCUGAUCUGAAGAAAGCUCAGGAAAUAGCUCCAGAAGACAAAGCUAUCAGCAACGAGAUGAAGAGAGUCCAGCUUAAAAUCCAGGAGGAGAAAGACAAAGAAAAGAAAAUCUAUGCUAAAAUGUUUGCAUGAACAUUUCACUCGAUGAUGCAAUGUGUUCCUGUAAAUAACAAUGAGAAAUGAUUGGAAGUUAUCUCUACGUGGGAAGCUGCGCUCUCAGAUAAGGACUCUGUUACUGGGUGAAAAUGUUUUCCAACUGGCACAUUUCUUGCUGUUCUGUGUUGUUACAAGGGAAUAACUUACAAGUGUCUGUAAUGAAUAGUUUUGAACAUUAAUCCGAUGCAUGGCCAACCGCAUCACUUCAGAAAACUGGUUGAAAAACUGACCUUUGUUCUUGAGUUUUCAAGCGAUUAAGCAAAGAAAAGUUGUGUGUGUCGUGUUGUUUCAUGGUUUGAUACAACACCCGUGGCCACAUACAUUAAAUCCAUCUGUUGUGGUUUGUUUUUUGUUUUUAAAUGGAGUUAAAUAAAAAGGAAAAAGGAUAAGUCAAGUGUUCUUUAUUCAUUACUCUAAUACCACCACCUCAUGCUAUGUACAAUGCUGUGCACAUCAAAUGCUGUCAGUAAACCUGCAAUAAUGCUGAAAUAAACCUAACUUAAGAAG